AUGACGACACACGGGGAAACUAUCGAUCAAUUGGCAAGCACUCCGAUUGCUACGACUCUAGAUGAAGCUCUUGAAAUAUACACAAUGAUUACGGGGGAGGAGACUAAUAAUGAGAAUACUAAUACUAAUUCGAAUAUUAAUGGGAAUUGUGCAAUUGAGUUUGUUGACUUGGUUGAAGAAUUAGGCGAGAUAUUGGGUUCACAAAUAAUCGACAGUAUAACAAUACCUCAGCAGUGUGCUCCGUUUCAAAUGCCACCAACACCAAAAAAAUUGACCACAUGGGAAAAUUAUCUUAUUCUCGAAUCAAUCAGAGACUAUCUUCCGAGACAAAACACUCUUUAUUAUUCUCCAGGCAACCGUCACAUUAAUUCAAAAUAUAAUAUGGUAAUAAAGAAACCAUUUCCAUUCUACGAAAGAUUAGUUAAUUCCCUCGAAGUACAUCUUGAAAUGAUAUCCAAACACUUUUGCCGUCCCAAGUGUGUUGUGCUCAGCAUGAUUGAUAUGGACUCACCGUUCAUAGCCGUCAACAAAGUGUGUGAUAAAACAAGACGUAAAGAACGUAAAGUAAAACUGAUGAGAAAGUUACAGUGUCCGUAUUAG